AUGGAAAAACCAGAAUUUAAUGAGAAUUUCCACAAUAAUAACUCAGAAGAAGUGCAACAUCCAGAGCAACAACAAUCUUCAGAACAAACUGAUGAAAACCCAAUAGAUAUAUCAGUAGUACCUGAUACUUGUAAUGAAGAAAGUACUCAAAGCGUAGAUGAAGUUCAAGCUAAUAUAAGUGAGGUUCAAAAUGAUAUCAAUAAAAAACUUCAAGAACUUUGCCAUCCGCCAGAAGAUAUUUCUCAAACCAAUGCUUCAAAAAUAAAAGAAGGAUAUUUAAACCUUGUCAAAAAGUUAAAUGGAUUAGUUAUUGAAUAUAAUAAAAAGACUAAUGGAAUGACAGAUGGAACUGAAAAAAGAAAAGGGGUUAUUGUUGUUGCUGAUCCAAAUGAAAGAUUUGUUAAUAUAUUUAAUGGUAAACCAUCAGAGUCAUUCUCAGAUACUCUUCGUAGUUAUAAUAUUAUAUUUCCACAUAUCGAGUAUUGUAAAAUACUAAAUUCAUCAAUGAAUACAUACAAACAACUUUUUGGACAGAAAGAUUUUGGUAUAUUUUGUGUUACUAAGUAUGGAAAUGUUUUUGGUAUAUUCUUU